AUGAUAUCUUCACAGCAGCUUAGNNNNUUGGAGGAAAGCCGAUCGAAAGGGAUAGGCCUCGCUAUGCUGCAAUACGUGGCCAAGUUUGCCGCGGUUAAAGGAUGUGCGAGGGUUGAAUGGGAAGCCCUUGAUUGGAAUGUGAAAGCUCACGAGUUCUAUGAGAGAAUCGGCGCGGUAAAGAUGCCCGAAUGGAUCAAAUUUAGACUGAAUCGCGAUGGCAUAUCUAAAGUAGCCACCUCGUUUUGA